CUCCGGAGGAGGAAAACUUCAUUCCUCUGAAGCCGAUGCUCAUCUGUUCUCGGUCUACUGUCAAGCCAACACUGAAAGGCUUUUCCUUUGAACAUGGGGAACGGAAAAUGUUCCUAAAUAGUGUUAAAAUAGACAAUUUAUAGUUAAUCAUAGUGCUAAUUCGACGUCGUUUUUCAAAAUAGAGACAAUAAUAUUGUAGUGAGAUUUUGAAAUUUUGGUUUUGUAGUGAUUGAGGAUGUUUUAGACAAAUUUGAUUAGCUUAAAAACUUUACUAAAUGAACUAUAAUAAACAAAAUGGCGCAAUUUGUGACCCACAUCCAACCAACCUUGAUGGAAUCCUCCCAUCACCAUGUGCCACACACGCACCAUCACCAAGGUCACCACAAUAAAGAACACCAAUCUAAAGAUCAUCACAAAGAUCACCAUGGGAAAGACCACCAUGGAAAAGAUCACCAUGGCAAAGAUAAAGAUCACCAUGGUAAAGAAAAAGAUCACCACGGUAAAGACAAAGAUCACCACGGCAAAGAUAAAGAUCAUCACGGUAAAAGUCCUCACAGAUCGGACUAUCAAGGAACGCAUUCAGGGCAUUUACGGGACUUUCCUGUACUGCCGCAUGUACCUGGAGAACACCAUCACGAAGAACAUGUUCAUCAUAAUGGAGGGACUAAGAAAGAGUCUGGUCUCUACGAUCACGCAGAAAGCAGAGGUAGUAGUAAAAGAGACUCCGGCCAGUAUUUUGAUUCGCACGGUAUUUCUCACUCGUUUGAAUUACAUUUCAUAGAUUCCCAAGGGAUUCAUAGAGAUUUCCAUGGGCACGGGAUCGAAGAGGAUCAUUUUACGGAUAAGGAAAAGCACCACAAGAGAAAGGAGGAAAAAUCUCCGUUUAGAGAUGAAGAAACUAGACCGACUCCUCCUCAGUUUAUCGACAUCCUUCCUGUGCAUUUGGAGAACAAGUUGCAUGUGAGUAUUAUCUAUAUUAAUAUACAAUAUUGUAUUACAUAUAUUAUGUUCUUGUUUGAAAAUAAAUUUCAAUUAUUUCAUUAACAA